AUGGAGAACGUUCUGCACUUUGUGAUCGGCAUUUUUGGGAAUGCUUUUGCUCUGUUUCUGUUCUUGGCGCCACUGAUCACCUUCAAAAGAAUCAUGAAGAAUAGGUCUACUGAGCAGUUCUCUGGAAUCCCAUAUGCCAUGACCCUGCUCAACUGCUUGCUCUCAGCCUGGUAUGGUUUGCCGUUUGUGUCGCCUAACAAUCUGCUCGUCUCGACGAUUAAUGGAACUGGGGCAGCCAUUGAAAUCGUUUACGUGAUGAUCUUUAUCUUAUAUGCACCGAAAAAGGAGAAGUACAAAAUCUUCGGGCUGCUAUCGAUUGUUCUUGCUGUUUUCGCGACUAUUGCUUUGGUCUCUAUCUUUGCACUCCAUGGCAAUAACAGGAAGCUUUUGUGUGGUGUGGCUGCCACUUUCUUCUCCAUCAUCAUGUAUGGUUCACCUUUGACAAUCAUAAGGUUGGUGAUCAAAACAAAAAGUGUGGAGUUCAUGCCUUUCUUCCUAUCGUUGUUCGUAUUCUUGUGCGGCUCGUCCUGGUUCAUCUUUGGCCUCCUCGGAAAAGACCCUUUCAUCGCUGUUCCCAAUGGAUUUGGAAGUGCAUUAGGUGCAGUGCAGCUUAUACUCUACGCGAUUUACCGUGAUAACAAGGGUGAAAACGAGAAAUCCACAGCUGAUAAGUCCCUGGAGAUGGAUCAAAAGGCUAAUCCCAAAAUCGAACAGGCAGUUUGA